AUGAGGCUCACUACUUGGAACGUCAACGGCGUCCGCAAUCCAUUCGGCUACCAACCAUGGAAUACAGCACGCACAUUUCCGGCCAUGUUCGACAUACUCGGCAGCGACAUUGUGGUCAUGCAGGAGCUCAAGAUCCAACGAAAGGACUUGCGAGAUGAUAUGGUGAUACUGGACGGCUGGGACUGCUACUUCAGUCUACCAAAGCAUAAGAAAGGAUAUUCAGGUGUAGGCAUAUACACGAGAAAUGCUACUUGUGCGCCGAUCAAGGCGGAAGAGGGUCUGCUUGGGGUGCUGCCAUCACCGUCUGGAGUUCCAUACUGCGACCUAAUGGACGAGGAGCAUAUUGGUGGCUAUCCAAAUGCACUACAAGUCGCUGAGCUUGGUGUCGAUCCGGUCCUGCUAGAUUCUGAAGGCCGGUGCAUGGUGUUAGAAUUCCCAGCUUUUGUUCUUUUCGGUGUCUACUCCCCAGCAAACAGCAAUGGCUUGCGGGACGACUUUAGAUACGGCUUCAUCUGCGCCCUGGACUGCCGAAUUCGUAACCUCAUCAAAGCUGGCAAACGAGUCAUUCUGGUUGGCGACCUCAACGUCUCUCGCGACGAGAAUGAUACGGCGUCGGCUCUGGAAGACAUGCGUAAGGCUGGGAUCGUCCACGAAGACUACAUCAGCACACCUAAUCGACGCAUCUUCAAUCAGCUGCUUGAAGGUGGCGAAGUGAUAGGCGAGCGGGACGAGGGGCGUGAGGAUGCCAUACUCUGGGACACAACACGAGCGUUUCACCCAGACCGAAAGGGCAUGUACACUCAUUGGGAGCAGAAGAUUAACGCAAGGCCGGGCAACUUUGGCAGUCGCAUAGAUUUCGUGCUUGUCAGCAGGGCUAUGCAAUCAUGGAUCAAGGACGCGAAUAUCAUGGAAGGGCUCCUGGGCUCUGACCACUGCCCUGUCUUUGCCGACUUCAACGACGAUGUGGAGGUAGAUGGCGCGCGUGUUAAGCUCGCUGAUCUCAUGAGUCCUGCUAGAGUAUUCGACAACGGCAUUAGACAGAAAGAGUGGAACGUCACUGAAGUUCCUGCAUUCUCUGCCAAGCGACUACCGGAGUUCGACAAGCGCAGGAGCAUCAAGUCAAUGUUCGCCGCACCAUCAGUGAAGCGAGCAGCGUCGUCGAUGGCAAGUGAGGCUACGCCAGAUUGUCCAACGCCAAGCGAGGAAGCCUUUGACAAGACCGAUGGAACGCCGGAAGCGAAGCCAGACCUGGUGGACGAAAAGCAGACUUCUGAUCAUAUCAUUAACGGCACAGGUACUGCUACGCUUCCCAAACGCAAAGCAUCUACACCUGCAAAGACCAUUCCCGCAAAACGCCAGAAGUCUGAUGGUCCUUCACUUGGGACAAAAGGCCAACAAAGUCUCAAAGGCUUCUUCCGGAAGAGCGCGGCCAGCAAGCCGAAUACUUUAGGAGCUGGUACGCACCUGGAAGGUGAUGCACAAGCCGACAUCAUCAAGCCUGAGUCGACGCCAAUCCUCAACCAUCGUCCAUCGACACCUCCUCCGGCAGAUGGGAGAGAACCGGCCGAUUCCAGUAGCCACGAACAAGCGAAUACCACCACACCCAGAACAGACUUCGGUUCUCCUUCCUCCGCUGUCACCCUCUCCCCAGCUCAAUUUGGCGCCAGAGUAGCAGCAGCAGAGCAGAACCAAAGGUCAUGGGGCAAUUUGUUCUCUAGACCCAUAGCACCGAUGUGUGAGGGGCACACCGAGCCCUGCAAGACUAUGCUCACGAAGAAGAAAGGCAGUAAUCAAGGUCGGAGCUUCUGGAUGUGCGCUCGACCCUUAGGACCGAGUGGGAGCAAGGAGAAGGGGACGCAGUGGAGGUGUGCUACUUUUAUUUGGUGCUCGGAUUGGCAGAGUCGAAAGGCGGAGGAGAAGAGGUUGGAGAAUGGAUGA